UCUGUUUCAUGAACCUAUUUAUUUUUUUUCCUUCUUUUAUUUCAUCAUCUUCUUCUCUCUUAACUAAAAUAACUCCAAAAAAAGUGUUGUUUUGGUUCGGUUUUUGGUGAGUCAUGAGCCAAGCGGAGGAGAGGUGUUCAGGAAGGGACUCAAUGUUCUCGGGAUUUGUACUUGAUCCAGAGAAAUGCAGUCAACUUACUUUGGGAGAGAAAAGAGAGCUAGUUUAUGAGAUUGCCCAAUGGUCGAAAAAUGCCUCAGAGAUUCUUAGCUCAUUUAGCCGCAGGGAGCUUCUUGAAAUCAUCUGUGCGGAGAUGGGUAAGGAAAGAAAGUACAGUGGCUACACUAAAUUUCGAAUGAUAGAGCACCUUCUGAAGUUAGUUUCUCAGAAUUCCCAGAGGAAUAACACAGAUAACAUUCCUGCCUCUUGGGCCAAAACUCAAACUGGAUUCAAGAGGAAACGGCAGGAAGAAUCCUUGACUAAACAAUUAAAUGACCUAAACCAGGUUACUCUAGAAUGUGGUAAACCGAAGAAUGUUAAAAAUAAAGUGUGUCAGAAUGUUGCCUGCAGAGCGGCAUUGAGUUUGACUGAUGAUUUGUGCAAAAGAUGCUCUUGUUGUAUUUGUCAUCAGUAUGAUGAUAACAAGGAUCCUAGCUUGUGGUUGAUCUGUGGCUCUGAUUCCUGUAAUGAUAAUGAAUCAUGUGGAAUGUCCUGCCAUUUAGAAUGUGCUUUGGAGGAUAAAAGAGCUGGUGUUAAGAUCGGUUGUUCAACGAAGUUGGAUGGAAGUUUCUACUGUGUUUCUUGUGGGAAAGUUAACGGUUUACUGAGAACCUGGAGAAAGCAAAUGUUGAUUGCCAAAGAGACCAGAAGAGUGGAUGUUCUGUGUCGACGAAUCUCUUUGAGUCACAAGAUUCUUUUAGGAACUGAGAAAUACCAAAGGUUGCUGAAAAUAGUGGAGACUGCCUUACAGACACUGAAAAAUGAAGUGGGACCUCUGAACCUGUUAUGCACAAAGAUGGCCCGUGGUAUUGUCAACAGGCUGUCAUGUGGUGCUGAGGUUCAGAAAUUGUGUGCUUCUGCAGUGGACGCUUUUGGUUCCCUACUUGUUAUUGAUCCUUAUCCAGCUCAGAUAGAAAAGAAGCCACUGCCUUGCUUGAUCCGGUUUGAAGAAUCCUCCGCAACCUCAGUCGUCAUUGCACUGGAAUACAAGGAUCAUCUAAUAAAAAACUUCGCAGGCUGCAGGCUGUGGCAUCGUAAGUCAAAUAUGAAGGAUUAUCCAGAACACCCUACUUUCAUUGUACUCAGGCCAGAGAAGAGAUUCUCACUAACAGAUCUUGAUCCUUCGACUGAAUAUUUCUGCAAGGUUUCUCUGUUCAAAAGCACUGGAAUUUUUGGUGUUUGGGAAGCUAAAUGGAUCACACCUGCAUCAAAUGGAAGCUCUGUUCCAAAGUUAGAAGAAUAUAGAAAGGCUGAAAAUACUACAAUAGCUCAGAUCCAUUCUCAAGUGGAAUCAAUUAAUUCUAGCAAUACUAAAUUAGCUUCCAGUGAGCCCUUUGUAAAGCGUCCACCUUCACUGGCUGACAUCAAGAAGAACAAAGAUGAGGGGCUCUAUUUGCCGCCUCCUCUACUGAGCCCCAAACUAAUUUCUCCUUCCACACCUUGUAAAUGUGAUGGAAUGCGGAACGUACCAGGCUUGGGUUGUGAAAGGAGAAUGGAAGAGAGUGAUUACGAAUAUUCUGUUAGAGUAGUGAAAUUGUUAGAGCAAGAAGGGCACAUAGAUGAAUAUUUCAGAGUAAAGUUUCUCACUUGGUUCAGCCUUAAAGCAACGAUGCAGGAGAGGAGGGUGGUCAGUGUUUUCGUUGAUGCUCUUAUUGAUGACCCACCAAGCUUGGCUGGGCAACUCGUCCACACCUUCAAGGAUGAGAUUUGUCGUGAGCAGAAACCUGUUCAUGGGAAUGGUUUCUGUACCAAGUUGUGGCAUUAAGGAGUCGGAUUCACAUAGUUGACUAGUUCUUUACUCAAAAGUUAAAUAUGAAGCUCCUUAGAUUUUGUUUUCAUAUAAUAUCAUUCGCAUGGCAGAUUGACUAACCUAAGUUAAUUGUUUUUGUUUGGUUGUCUCA